AUGAAAGGUGUGCAAGCGUACUAUGCGGAAGACUGGGAGGCAUGUGUGCACAGCCUUGAGGUUUCGAUGGAGGAGUUUUUCAUCGAAGAAGAGAAAUGUCGUCGAAUAUGUGAGGACAAACUCGACUGGGAGACCAUCGAAGGCAUCAAUCCUGAGAUCGCAAUUGUUCUUACAAGUGUGUACGUCUCGGUGCUACGAUGUAAAAACGCUUGUGCGGUGAAAUUAUCGAAGGUGAACGGUCACCAGAUCGGCGCUAUUCUGCCAUCCUACUUCGAAUACCUUCAUAUUUGUCAAUAUAAAUUGAACCGAGGGCGCGACACAUGUCAAUCGGUUGCAAACAGCAUUCUGCUGAAUCCAUCGAAUUCGAUUAUGCGACGGAAUCGUUUGUUCUAUUCGAAGAAGUACGAUAAAGAGGAUCUGUUCCAACCAUCUGAAGUAAAUCUAUCAAUUAGAUCCGUUCAAAAAAAUGGAAGUUCAUUCGACAACUCAUAA